AUGCUGAUUGGGAAGUCAUUCACUGAAGAUCUCUUCGACACAUCUUACAUCUCCGCAUCCGAAAAUGGCUUUGUCUGGGCCGUGUUCCACGCCUAUAGUCAUCACCACAACCUUGUACUCCGGCCCGAAGAUGUAUGGUUCACCAUUCUGUCACAGCUCAGUAUCUUCGUUAUUGCACACUCCGAGGAACUGCGACAUCUAUUCGUCUCACAUAAGGGCACAGUACACCUGGAGGUUUCCACAAACGAGACCCUGGACACUGUGGGCAUUGGUAAAAUGGCACUAACAACGUCUAAAAUUAUGGAAAAGCGUGUGGUGAAACCGGACCUGCGGGACUGGAUUAUGCCGGCCUUUAGCACUACGACUUCAUCUGACAAAGUGGUAGCAACGAGUAUAAUGAUGGGCGCUAUGCAGAAGUAUUUCUCCUACGAAUUUGUUUCAAGGUGUGGAAUUCUGUCUGUCACUUUGCUCGGUAACCGUGAGGACUGGGCACUUAUGGUGACAAAACUUGCUCAGCUAGCUCAUCUGGGAGAUGAACCUGUUCGGUUUACCCAGCUUCUUCGGACGAUUCUCAACAACUUUGUCGCUUCCUUCGACAAUCCUGAAUCACUAGAUACAUUGGGUUUCUGGAGCAAAUGUGCUGACAGGAGAGGCGGGACAAGUGGACCAACCUAUCUGACUGGCUGGAUAUCGGUCUUUUGUUUCUGGGGUAAUGAUGGAAAGCUGCUGUGUCCAGAAGCAAUUCUUCCGCAAUGCUCGCGAGGUUUUCAGGCACGGAAUACUGAGUUCAGGCGUGACCAGGCUUUGUCACGCCGUAUAAACACGGAUAAAGUCCCUCUGGGCUAUGUAUCUGCUCCGGUUAUAGUUAAUAAUAUGGGGCACACAUUCAACGCUAUGAUGUUGGCCGGGUUGAUUGGCAUACAGGCCACCUCGAGUGGAGCAAUGCUAGAUGGUUCUGGAGACCAUAGUUAUGAGCGAAGGCUUGCAUAUUUCGUGGACGAUUACUACCAAACGAUGCCCUGUAACCCAGUCAUUCCCACUGGGGAGACUAGACUUGACUCAAUUCAGCCGGUGUCUGGCUGGCUGAGGUAUGAAAAGGAGAAACCAAAGUGUGCCAAAAAGCACAAAAAGCACAAAAAGGUUCACAGCCCACCUCGGGCACUAGAUUGGUCGUUGGUCAGACAAGGAAAGUGA